CAUUGAACGCGAGGACGGAGCCGCGGAGCGAGCGAGAACGACGAAUGGUUGUUCGCCCCCUCGCCUCGCAGCCCUCCGCUCGGCUACGUCGAGCAACUGGAGGCUCUCGUCAGCCUGUCAGUUAGUGCCGUGGCGCCGUGACGGUACGGUUGUUGGUUGGUAUUACGUCGUUUUGCGUUCGGUUUAGCGGCUCGCGAAACGUGUUCAAUGGGGACCUCGCCACCGACCCAUCGCCGCGACAGACACGAGAUAAUCAGUGAUCGAGUUCCUUGGUGACUGGAAAAUCGAAAGGAAACAUCGCGUGUGCCACGUUGGAUUUUUUUUACCCCCUUUAUCCUUAUUAUUUUUUUUUUUUGUAUACACUUUUGUUCUUAUUGCGUGACUAGUUUCGGGACGGUCAGUGGGUUGAUUCGUGCAAAGGUGCUGCGAGCGAGCAAGUGACGCGGGAGCGUUUGAAAAGGCGGGAAGAGGAAGUCCGGCUGUGAUUUACAUGAUUUCUUACGUGCUGUUUGGUGUGUGCGCGUUCUAUGCCUGAUCCGACCUGUGUGCUCUUAGCGGUAUUUUAGAUAAGGUGAGCUCAUCAAUUCCGGCUAUUCAGUCCAGCGGAAGGGGACUUUAACGCGAUCGCGGAAACAAUACGGUUAUGAGAGUUCGAUGACCACUGGAUAGCGGACCAUCCAUCGACGCCACCAUGGACUACCUGCAGACGUGCCUCAUCUUCUAUCUAUUGAUCCUCUGUUUCUGUGGAGGACGAACCAUAGACAUAUCACAAUGCAUCGCACCCCUGGGGAUGGAAUCUGGUGCGAUUCCCGAUGCAGACAUCACAGCCAGCUCGAGUUUCGAUAGCGGAAACGUCGGGCCGCAUCACGGACGGCUGAGGCAAGAGAGCCACGGAGGUGCCUGGUGCCCGAAGCAGCAGAUCACCACGGAGCCGCGCGAGUGGCUGGAAAUCGAUCUUCACACGGUCCACAUGAUCACAGCCACCGGCACUCAGGGCCGUUUCGGCAACGGCCAAGGCGUCGAAUACUCCGAGGCGUACAUGCUGGAGUAUUGGAGGCCGAAGCUCGGCAAGUGGGUUCGGUACAGGGACGUUCGAGGCGAAGAGGUGAGUGAGCAAAGAAGAAAAAUUUAUAUCAAUUAA